AGAUAUGUGGGGUUAUGAUUUUUAUUACAUUGGUGGGUUGUUGAUCUCCUGCCAUUAAUGCGAUCUGUGUGAUUCUGAUGGCAGAUGUGGAAUAACGUUGGAAACAUGCGGAAUCAAUCUAUCAUUUGUUUAUUUAGUACGCAUCAUCAACUUGGCGAUGGGGACAAGGUUGGAACAUUAGAAACAGCCGAAGAUUCCGUUGAAGCAAAACAUUUGCAUGCCAACUUUUACUUAAGGCUUGCGAUAUUUUCCACUGCUGUCUUGACUGAGAUCUUCACAUGGACUGCGAUCUUGGUGUCUGGAGUUUUGUGGAUCUCUACCUCUCCAACCGUUGAUCUUGUCAUUCGGUCAACUGUGGCAGUGAUGUUUGUGCUGAAUGUAGAUGAAAUCGUCUUUGAAUCGGUGAGGAAUUGCUGUUCUGUUACUGCCGUGAGUGUUGGUGAUUGAGAUGGCAGUGCUGUCCUGCUCCCAUCCGUGAAGACGUAGGAGAGACCAAGUAAUUGACAGGCCCCUCUUGCUGGUCCCUGCAGCUGACAUGCUUGUACUUCGCAGGUAUCGCAUCCCAAGAGUGCAGUGGAGCAACCGAACUCACAUCAUCAUCAAGCACUACUGGGGCAUUUACGUCCAUCUCCCUCUACUCGUCCUUGUCGCCAGCGGAAUCGUUUAUGGGUUUCGGAUCGGUCUGGACUGUCAAACACAUCCUUUCUUCGCCAGUGACACGUACAAGUGAUCUAGUGAGUACAAUCACAGCC